AUGAGCAACAAAGAAACCGCUUUCGCCAACCACGUCCUUGCAUCCAUCAAAAAGGAUCUUGAUUUUCUCAAGCAACAACAAUACUUGACACCAGCAGCUUACGAUGAAAUCAAAAGGAACCUUCCCAACACAAUUACUGCCGCUCCUGCUGCUGCUGCUGCUUCACCAGCAAGUCGUGCAGUGCCUUCUCCACCCUCUUAUAACAACGCUGCACCUAACACUCUUGCCACUGCUGAAGCACUUUAUGAUUUCAAUGGACCCAACCCACAAGAUUUGAGCUUUAGACAAGGUGAAAUUAUCCAAGUAACAGAAUAUGUCAACAAUGAUUGGUGGCGCGGUACCUUGAAUGGUAGAACAGGUCUCUUCCCAAGCAACUAUGUUCAGAAGAAAGAAACACCUGCUGCUGCUACUCCACCACCUCCACCACCUGCUACUCCACCACGUCAAAACACAAACCAGAGUUAUGGAGGAUACCCACCAGCACCUCAGGAGAAGGGUUUCAAUGGUGGUAGUCCAUAUUCGGCACCUGGUGGUGGUUAUUCUCAGCCGCCUCCCGCUUAUCCCGCUCCUCAAGCAGCAUCCUAUGCUACUCCUCCUCCUCCACAAGCUCAAUCCUAUGCUGCACCACCUCCACAACCCACUCCAUAUGCCGCACCACCUGUUCAACCAGCACCAUCCGCUGCACCAGCUGCUGCACCACCACCAGCUGGUCAUCAAGAAGAAGGAGGAAGCAAGUUUUCAGGUAUGCUUGGCAAGGUUGGUUCAAACGUUGCCAAUGCAGCUACUUGGGGUUUUGGUGCUACACUCGGUAGCGAAGCAGCUCAAUCCAUCUUUUAG